AUUAAAUAGCAAUAGUUACCGUUGGCAGGAGAAGAGCCCCUCUGCCCGUUUUCAUCAGUCUUUUCAAAUCCCCUUCCUUUCCAUUUCUUCACCAUCUCUUUCUCUUCAAAAUUUUCCUCUCUAAUCCGUUUUCAUCUUUUCCUUCUCAAUCGUUUCUGCUUUUUAUUUUUAAUUUUUUUAUUGUGAUUGUGAUAUUGAAAUCACUUGCUUCAUCCAUAGAUUUUGGGUUUUCAGCCCUAGGAAAUAUUGUUUCGGUUCGUCUUUUCAAAUCUAUGGAUGUCGGUGUGGUUGUUCUUGUUGGAUGCUUUGGGAAAGAAAGAAAUUCUGGUUCUGCAAGAUUUCACCAGCGAUGGCCUCUCUUUUACAGUCAACUACUUUAUUAUUCAUAUUCUCUAUUACAUUGAUUCUUAUACCAAAUAGACACGCUAUUCCCUUCAUUGUAUUGCACGGCUAUUGCAGCAAUGAUGCGUGCUCAGGAGGCCGAUCCUACCAAUCUGGAUGUACUUCUUGCUCUUGGUGUGAGUCAUACAAAUGGCCAGUGAAAGCUUAUCGCUUUAAUCAAGAUGAGAUUAAAAUUUUGGAGUGUCAAACAAAUAAUACUGUUUGAAAGUUCAGAAUUGGAACAGACUGUUGCUUUAAAGUAUCUGUAUGGAUGGUUAUGUCAUCACCCAAAGUAUGGUACUCUUGCACCACCGGAGCUUGCUGAUUCUGUGUAUUAUGCUGAUGUUGCUAGAUUAUUCAAUGAAGUUGCUCAGAUGUCUCCUGAGGAUGCUGAUGUACACAUUGUCCUUGGUGUUCUGUAUAAUUUGUCGGGAGAAUAUGAUAAGGCCACUGCAUCUUUCAAAACUGCUUUGAAACUUAAACCUAAUGAUUAUUCUCUUUGGAACAAGCCUGGUGCAACAGAAGCCAACAGUGUGCAGAGUGCUGAUGCAAUAUUAGCUUAUCAACAGGUAUCCUCUUCAUGAUUCCCCCUUGAAUAGUGGUGGCCUAUCUGUAUACGACCUGAUAUGUUAAUUUCAUAAGUAUUUUUUUUAUAAUUAAAAA